CGUUUUACCCUGGUGGGGAAACUACUGUGUGUAGGCGCAUAAUUAACGCGGUUUGGAGAACAUUCUACUUGUGGUCUAGGUAGUGGACGGGAAGAAGAAGGACAGGAUUUCCCCGUCAAGCGGUAAACUUUCCCGCCUGCUGCCAUGGCAUUCCGGUGUCUGCUGGCCCGUGGCCGCCAUAUAUCUACCUCGUUCCUCUGCUGGAGACAUAGCACUCGACAACAUAACACCGCAUCAGCAGCAGCAGCACAGCCGUCUGUCCUUCGCUCUAGCACAUCAGUUUCAGCAAUUCCAGGGGGCAUACUGCUAUUCACUGCGAUGGUUGUGAGCUGGGAAAGAGAGUCUGGGGAGGUGCAGUGCGAUUCGGCAACAGACGAGGAAGUCAUGGUGGCGGCGGCGUCAAUGUCCUCGGAGAAGAGAGAGCUGAGGCGCGUGGCACUGGCGCAUCUGGCCAAGUCCGUCCGUACGAGGGCGGUUAACGACGACCUCAAGAACCAAAGCCAAGACUCAACGGUAGGCGUGUGUGAGGAGGGGGGCGGGGUUGGUGGCACCGUCGCCCUUGCGGCGGCUCUACUGCGACCCGGCGAGAGCGAGGACGAGGAGGCCAACCAAUCAGAUGGGGGAGAGGGGGACACGGUGCCGCUGCCCCCGAACGUUCACGACGUAGACAAGAUCUUGGUCAAGACGCCGCUGCUCCGGAACGACAACGCGUUCCACGAUACCUUGAACAACGACAAUGGCAUCAGCUGCCCGUUUGUGCUCAACAAACCGGACAAGGAUAACGAGGGAAUCGAAGCUGUGGUGCGAUUCGGAAAGUCUAUCGCUGGGCACCCAAAGAUCGUUCACGGUGGAGUGACGGCCCUGACGUUCGACAACCUCUUCGGAAUGGCGCUGUUCUUGCAGAACACUGGCGCCGUGUUGACGGCGUACAUCAAGGUGGAUUUCAAGGCGCCGCUGCCGUGCCUCACGACGGCGGUCGUAGACAUCACCGUGGACAGAAAGGAGGGACGCAAGCUCUACGUGACCGGCAGGCUCAAGAGCCUUGACGGGACUGUCACCUUUUCCUCGGCGGAGGCGCUAUUUGUCAAGCCGAAGGAGGCGUCUUCGGCAGGGGGGGAGGGGAGGGAUGGAGAACCCAGCGAGUUGCUCCGGGGCUUGGUGGUGUAAGCGAGAAAGAAGCGUUACUAUUUUUGUCGCGUUGUGGUGGUGAUUGUCGUAGCCGGGAGCAUCAAGCGGCUGAAGGGCUAGGUAGAAAGUACUACGUACCGUGAUUCGGAGCUUGGCGUGGUGAUGGAGGUGGUGGCGUUUGUGGUCGUGUAUGUUCUCCGUGUUGUUUUUGUCGACACAAGCGUUGGCUCUCUUCAGAGGGAUAUGUAUGUGUGAGUUUACAUAAAUCCGUGUUGGUGUUGACUGGGAUUGGCGCACCAACGUGACGAGGGGGGAACGCUUGGACGGGUAUCUGUCUGUGAUUUUGUGUUUUUAGGAGAUGGCUACAGCGAGAAGGGACCCAACGAAGCACCGGGCGCUUUGGGUGCGCGCGUAUAUUGCGCUUUUAUGUUGCGCCAAAGGUUGUAGGAUAAAGAGAAUCAACCACAACGGUCAAGAUUGAACGAAGCUGAGCGAGCAGUCCGUGACCUCUUCCAAUACACGCACCUGUGCGAAAAACCGGCAAAGAA